AUGUACUCUCUCCACCUUCUGCUCAGGGCCAGCCCUGCUGCCCUGCUCCUGAUUCUCUGCCUGCAACUGGGGACCAACAGAGCUCAGGAAGACACAACCAGCACAAAGCUGAUAAUAAUGGACGUGCAGAUGCCACAAACAGCAAGCGCAAAUGAAGAGGUCAAUGUGCAGCUUACAGUUACAUCACAGUUGAAAGAAUGUAUGGUGAUUAAAGCUUACCUUCUAAGCCACAUUCCGGUGGAAGGUGCUUUUAACUAUAAAUACACUACCUGCCUCUGUGAAGAUUACCCAAGAACCUUCUACUGGGACUUUCAGACCAACAGCACUGUAAAAGUAGCAGUAGUGGUUGAUGUUGUUCGUGAACUAAAUAUCUGCCCUAAUGAUAGGGCAGUGAUACCCAUUGAAGCAAACCGCUUUUAUGUCAGUAAGACCCUCACCAUAACCUGA